CAGAAUUUCCGGCAUUUCCCGCGCCUGUUGUGUGAUAUCUUUUGUUGUCUUGCAUUUGCGUUUUGAUCUCUCGUAGAGUGUGUUUCUAGUUGAAUUAGCGAAAACAAGAAUUAUAAACAAAUUUUUUAUUAUUUAUAUUAUCUUUCCGAAUAUUAAAAAAAAUCAUCAUGCCAGUUAGUACAUCAAGUGUUUUGAAAUUCGCAAAAUUGUCUGACAAGGCAUUUACUCCUGUAAAAGGAAACGCUUAUGCCGCUGGUUAUGAUUUAAAAAGUGCGUACGAAUAUGUAAUUCCUGCAAAGGGAAAAGAACUAGUUAAAACAGAUUUGCAAAUCGCUGUUCCUGAAGGAACUUACGGCCGAGUUGCUCCUCGUUCUGGACUUGCAUGGAAAAAUCACGUGGACGUUGGCGCUGGAGUUAUUGAUCAAGACUACAGAGGUAAUGUAGGAGUCGUUAUAUUUAAUCACGGUGAUCAAGAAUUAAAAGUUCAACCCGGUGAUCGUGUGGCGCAAUUAAUUUGCGAAAAAAUUGAAUAUCCAAUACUUGAGGAAUUAAAUUCACUAGAUAAUACCGAGAGAGGCGAAGGUGGUUUUGGUUCAACUGGUAUGAAAGAAAUUGUUAAGAAUUAAUAUUUUUCCAACGUCUUCUAUUAUGAACAGUAUUUAUUUUUUUUUUGUUAUUAAGACAAGCGUCGUAAAUUUUUGAUAAUUUUUCAAUGAAGCUCAAUUGUUUUAUUUAAUUUAAAAGUUAUUGUCUGACAUUUUGUUAUAAACAAACUACCAGUUAUUUUUUUAUAAAAUUUAAUUUUUUAAUAAACGAGUUUAGUGUAAAAAGGGAAAA